UGAAAAUUUUCAAAUCCCUUAUUUUUCCGCCAAUUCUGCUUCGUUCUCGAUUAGGGUUUCGCCUUCCCAAAUCCUCGCCGUCUCGUUCUCGAUCUGCGCGCUGCGGCCGCCGGUCAUGUAGAUGUGGAGAACAAUCGGAAUGACUCCAAUGUCUCCGUCGUUGAUCCCAGCGUCGUCUCGUUAGGGGUUCAAAGCUUGCAUCUGUUCCCGAUCUGCUGGAUCUGAGGCCGAAAUGACGCCAAUAGAGCAGCUAUUCAAGAAGAUCUUCGAUAGGAAGUGCCAGAUCGAGUCUCAGCUGAAGCAACAGAGAGAGUCGUAUGCUGAAUCCCUCGUCUAUAGCCUUCUCGCUGACGGCAAGCAGCCUCCUUCUUGGCUUUUGGAAUCCCAGAAUGAGUUGAGCAGCAAGCAUAUUGCUCCAGGAAUCUCAUGUCCACUUCCCACUCCAUCGGCAAGUGAAAUUUGCAUUUCUGAGUAUAUUCAUAAAGAACAUGCUAAUGUGGCUACAAUUAUGGGUCACCAAAAAGAUGAUCAAAGAGAUUGUAACAUUAUAUGCUCUGAAGUUGUUGAGGACUCACCAGUGUCUGACUCUGUUGUAAGAAUCCAAUGUGGCAAAUCAAAGCAACAGGACCCUGAUGGGUAUUUUAAUGUAACAGAACAGAUUGCUAAUUUUGGAGAUGAGGUGACUGUUGAAGGAAACGCUAGGAGAUUAACUAGAUCAGUGGUUACACCUUUAAUGUCUGAUCAUUCUAUAGAGCCAUCAUUUACUAGGAACUUGCUUGAUCUUCAUAAUAAAGUUGGUGAUAAAGCAGCUUCACCUGGAUUACCUACAGAAUGCAAUCCACAUAGAAUAACUAGGUCAAAGCAAAAGGGAUCUGAGGAAUAUCUUAACAGAACAAAACAGAUUUCUAAUUUUGGAGAUGAGGUGACUGUUAAAUGCAACUCUAGGAGAAUAACUAGGUCAAUGGCUAGAUCUUUAGUGCCUGAUCAAGCCAUCGAUCAGUCAUUUACUAGGAACUCUCUUGCUCUUCAUAGUAAAGUUGGUGAUAAAGCAGCUUCAUCUGGAUCGUAUGCAGAACACAAUCCAUGUAGCAUAACUACGGCAUUGGAUUCAUCUUUGAUGUCUGAUCAUGCUCAAGAUCCAUUAGUCACUAGGAACUCGUUUGGUCUUCAAAAUAAAGUUGCAGAUGAAGUGUCUUCAUCUAGAUCACUUGAUUGUAUCAGGAACAUACUACAACUAUCAAGUCCUUCAGAAACUUUAAGUGCAAAUCCUCAUAAUCAUGAGGAAAAGAUUCAUUCUAGAUCUUGUGAAACUUCACAUGAUCUGAUCAUGGUUUCCUGUGGAACGGCAUGCACUAGUGAUUCUCGUUUGAAACAAUCUGCUAGAAGCUUAAUGAAGCACACAAGAGAAGAAAAUUGCAAGAUAAUGACAGUGGAUGAAUCUGCCUGCAGCCUUAAUCCAGCACUGCAUGAUCUUCAGAUUGAUAAUUCUGUAAAUACUUGCCCAGAAUCUGAACAGACAGACUUUGCUGCACCUGCACCUAAUCUUGGGAGUAGAACAGUUGCCAACUCCCCUUUGAUUGUGCAUGAUACAGGAAAUGUUACUGCAGGAAGGUUGACUUCAAUUUCUGGCUCAACUCAACCAGAAUCUGGUGUUCAAUUGAAAAAUCAUUCAUCAGAAUCUAGAUACUCACUAAGAAGCUUGAGUAGAAACAGCAAGGGACUUUCUUAUUCAGGCCCUGAUGGGACUAGUAACAUAACUAGUUCAAAAAGAUCAAGAAAUUUGACAGCAAAAGUGUGUGAAAUAUCAUGGCCAAAAAGGAGAAAAUUGAAUUGCUAUUCAGACAGUAUCCUGGCUACUACGCCAAGAAUACGGCUUCAUCAGUUUAGGCCUGCACAGGAGGGUAAUUGUUGUAGCAGCAAGAGAUGUUUAGAAAGUGCUUCUUUUGAAGAAAUACAGAAGAUAUCUCCCUCUAGAUCCAUGUUGAAUUGUGCAGUAGCAAAGGUUGUCUCAGGCAGUCACUCAGAAGAACUUCACCAAAGGCAAAAUCAGUGUGGGAGAGAGGUGAACUCUUGCUCUCAAAAUACAGACCAAGUCUCGGAUACUAGUUUGCCGAAUCAGUGCACAAAUAUUUUUCCUUCUCUGAAUCUGGCAGAUAAAUCCAGUACUUUUAGGACAAAUGAAAUUUGCAACAGUGGAUCACCACUCUGUGUAUUAGAAGAACCAGGACCUUCUAGAAAUGAUACCUAUGAUGAAUUGGAUUGUUCAACAACUAAUGUCGAUUCCUGCAAUCUACAUACAUAUUCAAGUGUUAGGUAUGAUAUGGAGGAUAUACAUGAGUUCAUGCCAGAAUUUGAAGGAUUUAGCAUAGGCACAUCCCCUACACUGGAAAAUGAUGUUUACUCCAAUUCUGGGUUUCCACCUCUCUCUUUAAAUGUUCAAAGAAGUAGUUUAAUAAGUCUGGUUACACCUACAACCGCUGUGAUAGGAAACUAUAAAAUCAAUAAGCUUCCUGAUGUUCUUCAUUCAUUGCCUGAUGGAUUCUUGGAGAAUGUGAAAUUAAAUGAUCCCCUUUAUAUUCAUAAUGAUUAUGGAGAGCAAGUUAGGACAAACGAACAUGCCAAAGCAUCUCUACACAGUAGUUCAGAAUCUGCUUUUGACUUUUCAUUCAUGGAGAGUUCUUAUUCUCAGAGUGCACUGUCGUCUAGUGAUUCAUUUGAUUGGGCAUCCAGUAAACCUCCUCUAACACCACCAAUUGGAAAGUUGAGCUCAAGAAGAGUUACAGGGAAAAGUGCUUCUAGUUCACAAAAAUUGGCUACUAAUCCUGAACUUGUGUGCUUCCGGAUUGAUGAGGAUUCUACCACUUUGGAGGACAAUGAGUGUUCAGAUGAAUUAGGCAUUUCUGGUCAUGGGACUUGCUCAAAACAAUUUAAAGCUCUUGAUGAUCGAGAGCCACUUAAAGAUGUCUCUUCAAGAUAUAGAAAUGCACAAAAUUCCUGUCCUCUUAGCAAGUUUAUUGCAGGAAGCACAAGUGUUCAAUCCUUAGAUACAAAAUUCUCUUGUGCAACUGAAAUUAAUGUUCAAUCAUCCCUGGGAAGCUCUUAUACUAGCAGCAUGGAUCAGAUGGGAGACAUUGAGAAUCAAUGUUUUUCAGUAAAUGGUGAUAUAGAUAGGAACAUGGCUAAAUCCUUAAGCAAGAGGUCUAGUGAACCUGAAAUUAACACUAAAAAAGGUGGGAGAAAUCUAAGCCAGGCAAGCAUUCAGAAGGGAUAUAAGCCAAGUAAUAUUGUCUCCAAUGUAUCCUCUUUCAUCCCAAUGAUUAAGAAAAAGCAGCAAGCCACAACAACAAAAGGAAAGAAAGAAAUUAAAGUGAAAGCGUUAGAGGCUGCUGAGGCUGCAAAGCGUCUUGAAGAAAAAAGGCAAAAUGAACGGGAAGUAAGAAAAGCAGCAGCAAAGCUUGAGCGCGAAAGAUUAGAGCACGAGAAGCAACUCAAGCAAAAACAACUUGAGGAAAAAAGAAGAAAGGAAGCAGAAAGGUUAGAGCACGAGAAGCAACUCAAGCAAAAACAAGAGGAGGAAAAAAGAAGAAAAGAAGCAGAAAGGUUAGAGCACGAGAAACAAGUCAAGCAAAAACAAGAGGAGGAAAAAAGAAGAAAAGAAGCAGAAAGGGUGGAGCACGAGAAACAAGUCAAGCAAAAACAAGAGGAGGAAAAAAGAAGAAAAGAAACAGAGAGGUUGGAGCACGAGAAACAAGUCAAGCAAAAACAAGAGGAGGAAAAAAGAAGAAAAGAAGCAGAGAGGUUGGAGCACGAGAAACAACUCAAGCAAAAACAAGAGGAAGAAAAAAGAAGAAAGGAGGCAGAAGUUGCAGCUAGGAAGAGGCAACGAGAAGAAGAUCAAAAGGAAAAGGACAGAAAAAGAAGAUGCAAUGAAGAAGCUCGGAAGUUGCAGAGAGAGGAGGACGAAAAGUUACGUGCAAAGAAAGAGGAAAAAGAACUUCGAUCAAAAGCCCCAGUUGAUGAUGGAAAGAAGAAAGGUCUAACACAAGAUGCCAAGCAGCCUUUGCCAUUGAAGGAAGCUGCUGGGUCUAGAAAAACCAAUGAAGUGGAAACAGCUGCCGCAAAGGUAGCUGCUGCCAGUGCAGACAUCAUUAAAGGACUAAUUCAAGAUAGGUUGUCUACUAACAGAGAAAAUCAAGAUUUUGAUUCAUAUGAAAUAUCCCCCUAUAAGGAUUCUGAUGAUGACGAGGAUGGAGCAGAUGAAAGCUUGCGGAGGAGGAAGAAGUACAUUCCAUCUUGGGCCAGAGGAGAACCCCUUGAAAAAAAUCUGCUCGGGCAACAAGAUAUAAAUCCAUUCGACAUUUUUUCUCGUAAGAAUUCCUUCAGCUUAAAUCAAGUCCUAUGCCCUCCUGUUGCUCGACGGUGGCCUAUGUGACGUUGAAUAUGAUACAUUCUUCACUUUGGUGAACAGAAAAAUGAUUCAAGUGUUGAUGUACCUGGAUGUAAGCAUUUCGACAAGAAAUAUUCUUAAAAUGAUAGAUUGGUUAAAAUUUAUCUUGUAGUAUCACAUAGAUUUAUAUAGAUCUUUUAUGUCAACUAAGCAUGAGUUGACAAUUUACCAUUGAUGAGUUUAAAAA